GCCUCUGUAGUAAAAGUCCAGCCCCCUGAAAACAAACCAUAUUUCAAUAGCAAAUCCAGUGUCGAUAUGGCUGAGUUGUAACUUUUGAGGAUACAAUUUUUAUAACGGCGUCUAAAGCCUUGAAAGAUGUGAUCACAUAGAUGUGAUCGCGUAGGCUAACGGUCCAAAAAAUCAGUGGAACUCGGUCUGAUAAAAAUUGCGAUUUUUCACUAGAAACAGCUGCUUACUGCUGCUCCUCCUACAAACUACAUUGAUUCAACAUCGUAUAACGGUACAUACUUCGUCCUGUUUCGUCUGAGCCACAAGCCAGUUGUUGGGGGAGAACCUCGUGCUACCGCUACAGUGAUACAAACGCUGCUUCUUAUUCAGCACGGAACAUGGGUCCAGAAGGAAAGGUUUGAAGGAGGUACCUUUGAUUUCUAGGAAGACUGAAGGGUGGAACUUGCCAGGAUGGAUGCCACCAACAUACUGCCCAUUCUGAAGAAACGCCUAGCCUUCUUGUCAGGAGGCAAGGACAGACGCAGUGGGCUGAUCCUCACCAUUCCACUAUGUACAGACCAGACCAGUAUGGAGGAGCUCAGCUCCACGUUGGAUUACCUCCUUGGCAUCCCCAGUGACAAGUGUAAAGCAAGAGGCUUCACAGUCAUCGUGGAUGGACGGAAGUCUCAGUGGAACAUAGUGAAGACGGUGGUGCUCAUGUUGCAGAAUGUCAUUCCAGCAGAGGUGUCCCUGGUGUGUGUGGUGAAGCCUGAUGAAUUCUGGGACAAGAAGGUCACUCAUUUCUGCUUCUGGAAGGAGAAGGACAGACUAGGCUUUGAGGUGAGUGUCUUGUCUCUAUCUCACUUUCUCCUUCUCUCUCUCUACCCCUCUUCUUGCUCCUCUCUCUCUCUCCACAUCUCUCCCUCUCUUUCUCCCCCCUCACUCUCUCCUAAUAAUGUUGUAUCUCUGAGCAGCAGAAUCCUAUCCGCCUUCAACUCCCAGAGGGACAGAUUAUGACCAGAAUUGAAUUU